AUGACAUUUCCCACGGCCUCCGGCACCCAAGUGCAGGCGCAGGCGCCAACGCACCAUGACCACCGGACGUCGUUUCGACCAAGUCCUCUCCCACAGUCCCGUGAGACCGGAGAUGUAUUGCCAGCCGACACUCUUACCGGCAGACCGCCGGUAACGAAGGAGGAGUCUUCUGCCCCCGUGGCAAAGUCCUGGGCCCAUUUCGUAGCUGGAGGUCUUGGCGGAAUGACUGCAGCAGUACUUACGUCUCCCUUGGACGUCCUCAAAACUCGUCUUCAGUCCGAUUUCUAUCAAUCACAGCUCGCUGCCACCCGUGCCGCACGCAAGAUCCCUCCUCCAUCUGCGCUAUCGCUGCCACGGAGUGCAGCUCUCCAUUUCCAAGAGACGUUCCAGAUCCUCUUCUCCAUUCACCGCAUUGAAGGCUGGCGUGCACUCUUCAAGGGUCUAGGCCCCAAUCUCACUGGCGUCGUGCCUGCGAGGGCUAUCAACUUCUACACUUAUGGCAAUGGCAAGCGGGUCAUCAGCGAUUAUUUCAAUCAUGGCCAAGAAGCUGCAUGGGUGCACCUCUGCGCGGCAGCCACGGCAGGAAUCGUGACCAGCACGGCAACAAACCCAAUUUGGCUUGUCAAGACGCGAUUACAGCUCGACAAAUCGCAUGCCGAGAAGUCCGGAUCGCAUCUUAACCGACAGUAUAAGAAUUCCCUUGACUGCACAAUGCAGGUCUUACGGAAGGAAGGCAUUCGUGGCUUGUACAAGGGGCUGAGCGCUAGUUAUCUUGGUGUAUCUGAGAGUACGCUGCAAUGGGUACUGUAUGAGCAAAUGAAAAUGUUCCUUGCUCGAAGGGAGGCUAGGAUGCUUGCUUCCGGCAAAAGCAAGACGAAUUGGGACCAUGCCGUCGACUGGAUAGGCAAGAUUGGCGCCGCCGGCAGUGCCAAGUUCUUUGCUGCCAUCAUUACCUAUCCACACGAGGUCGUCCGUACCCGCUUACGGCAAGCCCCCACUGAAAACGGUCAACUCAAAUACACCGGCUUAAUUCAAUGCUUCCGACUCAUAUGGAAGGAAGAGGGUCUCGUCUCCAUGUAUGGCGGCCUGACCCCUCAUCUUCUGCGAGUCGUCCCUAGCGCGGCUAUAAUGUUCGGCAUGUACGAGGUCAUUUUACGUGUCUUCGAUGCCGAGUGA